AACGUCUGCUCUUAAGCUGAAGGACAAGUAUUCAGCAGCAUCGCGCACAGAAAAGGUUCAGAAAGAUGGAGUUUUAUGUUGAAGAAGGAAAGCAAUUCAGUGAAAAAUGCCAGAGUUUGGUUCUGUCGGCGCUUUCGAUUGGGAACGUUGGGCAGCUUGCGGUGGAUUUGCUAAUAUCUUCGUUGAGAGCUGAUCGAAUCGGGUUCCUAGACGACCCGAAUGUUCUUCCUUGCGUUGGCAAUGACGCUUAUUCAGCUUCUCCUCCUGGCCAGCUUGCUCUUCCUCUUGAAGUUUAUGAAACCUCUUCUAGUCAGUUGAGCAUCGUGCAACAGAGGUCUCCGGUUGUUAAGGGCAUGGUGGUUCAAUUUGCGAGGAAUUUGGCAAACUUUGCUGCUGCCAAUGGAAUAAAGCAUGUUGUUUUGCUAUCUAGCUUGGAUUUUGGGCGGUGGCAAAGCAUUGAUAUGUCAAGUGGUUUGCAGACAUAUUAUCUCUCUAGUUCCAGCAUGGAUGGAAAGGACGAUGAGUGUGAUAGACUUGGUUUCAAGAGACUGCAGGAUUAUAAUCCAUCUCAGAGGACGUGGAAGUACCUAUGCGAUUUAGCUGAAGCUAAUAACCUGGAGGAACAAGAUUUUCCUUUUGAAGAGCUGGGAGAUGAAGAUUACCUUGCAAGUUUACCCUUUGCUGCACUUUUCUCUUGUUUUAAGGCCAAAGGUUUGAAGGUUACUUGCCUACUCUGCUAUUGUUCCGAGGGAGAUAACAUACCCGAAGCUUUCCAUUUGGCUGACGCAACAUCACAAAUUCUAGGGCUCACAGCUAAUAGUUUCCGAGGCAAGGAAGCUGGAAAAUGGAUCGUCCCAUUUUCUUGGAAGAGUGUGUACGGACCUCCCCCCGAUAUGUCCCUUUUUUAGGAUACUUCAGAUAUGUUGAUUUCCUUGUGGGGUGCUCUCGUAUCCUGUAAGUUGUACCUUCCGGAAAAAAAAAAUUAUGUCUUUAUUAUUCUAAAAUUUUUCUUAUUGUUCAACCUUGACAAAUUUGAGCUUAUAUUUGUUGUCAGCUCUUGUUAUCCAAUACAGCCUUCCUUCUUUUUA